GAACCUGGGGGGCUAUAGUCCAUGGCGUCAAAAGAGUAGACGGGAUGGAGCAGGCACGCAGCGAGAUGGUUGGUAGGCCACAUUCUAGUGUGUAUUAGUUUAAUUAGAUUGUUCUUCUUACAGCUUUUCUUGGCUGGAAGAGAAGGAGGAGUUGGAAAUGAAAAAGAGUGCCUUUGAAAGCCAGAACUUUGCUCAGAAGGCAGGAUUUUUCUCAGAUCUGCUCUCUCUCUUCUCUGCCCUAAGCUCCCUUAAGUUUGAGCAGAGAAAGCCCUGCUUCAAGUGUCUGGAGGUCAGAGAAGCAGCCCAGGGGAGGGAGCUGUGACUAGUUAAAGAGACCCUGCUUACUGUUGCUACCAGAUCUCAUGCCAACACCAAGUCCUCAGCGCCUGGUGGCAGCUGCUCAGCAGACCCUGGGCAUGGGAAGGAGACGGGGCCCUCCCAGAGCCGUCUGCCUUCAUCUCGCUGGAGAGGUGCUGGCUGUGGCCAGGGGACUGAAGCCAGCUCUGCUGUUUGAGUGCAGCUCUGCAGGGGCAGCCGAGCUCCAGAGCUACCUGGAGGAGCUGCGGGGCCUGGGCUUCCCGACCCAGGGACUGCACGUCCUCGAGAUUGCAGAGAACAGCCUGAUUGUCCAUCCUGAGCAUGUGUGUCGGCACUUGGAGCAGGUGCUGCUUGGGAGCAUAGUGUUUGUGGAUGUUUCUGGCUCUCAACCUCACCCUUCCAUCUGCUCCCUGGACCAGCUGCAGGAUUUGAAGGCCUCUGUGGCGGAGAUUAUCACACAUUUGCAGGGGCUGCGAAGGGACCGAUCCCUGUCAAUCUCCUGCAGCAGGCUGUGUUCCUCGGCCUGGAAUCUCUGUACUGUGUUUGGAAUCCUCCUGGGCUAUCCUGUCCCCUAUACUUUUGAUGUGAACCAAGGAGAGGACAACUGUUUAGCCCAGACUCCACUACGAGUGUUCACUGCCCGGAUCUCAUGGCUAUGCUGUCAGCCACCAGUCUUGCUGUAUUCCUUUAGUGUGCCAGAGAGCCUGUUCCUGUCCUUGAGGGACAUUCUAAAUACUUGGGAGAAGGACCUUAGAGCUCGAUGUAGGACUCAAAAUGACCUUGCUGACCUCAGCAUCUCCUCUGAGAUAGUCACACUGCCGGCCGUGGCCCUCUGACUUUAACUUUUCCUGUGUGGAAGGUGCUUGGUAAAUGAUCAGCUCUAGGUCAGGAUUGGCAAAUAGGAAUCAUUUCAAGUGCCAAUUGCGAGUAUCUCGAGGACACUAGGGAAGAAUACUGUAAUCCAUUUGUCAUUUCUGUGCUGAACUGGACUAGGGAGAAUAGACCAGGAUGCCUCAGGAAUAAACAGAGUUCUUCGGGACAGAC